AUGGAUUUUGUAGCACAGAUGAAGACGGGAUGUGUUGCACUUGUAGUAUGUUUAAACAUAAGUGUGGAUCCACCUGAUGUAAUUAAAAUUUCCCCUUGUGCAAGAAUGGAGUGCUGGAUAGAUCCUUUUUCUAUGGCACCUCCUAAAGCCCUUGAUACUAUUGGAAAAACGUUGCAUUCACAGUAUGAGCGCUGGCAACCUAAGGCUCGAUACAAGCUUAAGCUGGACCCAACAGUGGAGGAAGUUAAGAAUCUUUGCAAUACUUGCCGCAAAUAUGCCAGAUCAGAGAGAGUCCUUUUCCAUUAUAAUGGCCAUGGCGUACCAAAGCCUACAUCUAAUGGUGAGAUUUGGGUGUUUAACAAGAGUUACACACAGUAUAUUCCACUUCCAAUUACUGAUCUUGAGUCAUGGCUAAAGACACCUUCCAUUUAUGUUUUUGAUUGCUCAGUGGCUGGAAUUAUUGUGAAAGCUUUUCUAGAGCGCCUAGACUGGAGUUCUAGCUCCUCUGCAUCUGCACAGAAGGACUGCAUUCUUCUUGCUGCCUGUGAGGCACAUCAAAGUCUUCCUCAGAGUGCAGAAUUUCCUGCUGAUUUGUUUACGGCUUGCCUCACAACACCCAUCAAAAUGGCUUUGCACUGGUUUUGUAAGCGAUCAUUACUCCGUGAUUCUCUGGAUCUUUCUCUUAUUGACCAAAUUCCUGGAAGGCAAAAUGACCGUAAAACUCUUCUUGGGGAGCUCAAUUGGAUUUUUACUGCUAUAACAGAUACAAUUGCAUGGAAUGUUCUUCCUCAUGAUCUGUUCCAAAGGCUUUUCAGGCAAGAUCUUCUUGUUGCUAGUCUCUUCGUAACUUCUUGCUUGCUGAGAGAAUCAUGCGAUCAGCAAGUUGUACUCAAUUUCUUAUCCGUUGUUACCCCCAACACAUCAACACCAUAUGUGUGGCUUUGCUUAUGCCUUGGAAAACUCUGGGAAGAUUUCCCUGAUGUUCAGCUACUUAGUUUGCAAACAAAUACACCUGAAUUUGUAAUAUGUUUAUUGUCGGAGCCUCAACCUGAGGUCAGAGCUGCUGCUGUUUUUGCACUUGGGACUCUCCUGGAUACUACAUCAAAUGGCGCUGAUGAUGAUUCUGAUGAUGAUGAAAAGGUGAAAGCUGAAAUAAAUGUAGUUAGAAGCCUUCUGCAGAUAUCUUCAGAUGCUAGCCCCCUUGUUCGAUCUGAGGUUGCUAUAGGCAGCAUUGGUCCUGUGCUGAGGGUUGGCAGUGAUAGCAGUGCCGCUGGUCGUGAUGGAAGAAUUUCUACAAGUAGCCCAAUUGCAACAAGUAGCAUCAUGCAUGGCUCUCCCCAGUCAGAUGAUUCUUCCCAACACUCUGAUUCUGGCAUAUUACUGAGAGAGAAUGCUAGUAAUGGUGGUCUCGGCUACACUAGGUCGAGGCCUGUUGAUAAUGUCAUUUAUUCUCAAUUUAUAUCAACUAUGUGUUCUUUUGCUAAAGAUCCUUACCCAAGAAUUGCAACUAUUGGUCGGAGAGCACUGUCCCUUAUAGGUGUUGAACAAGUAGUCAUGAAAAAUACUAGAUUUAACAGUGGAGGUGCACAUCGGGGAGAGACAUCUGCUUCAAACUUUGGAAUGGCACGCUCUUCGUCCUGGCUUGAUACGAAUUCUGGAAGCAACUUGAUAAAAUUUAGGACCCUCCUGUUAGCCCCCCUCAGCAUGAUUAUCUUCCAGGAUUACGCCGAGCCUCUUUUAACUGGCUCUGAUGAUAAUGAAGAAUCAAAUGCCAGAAGGAAGAGAGAGAAACGAGUUGCACUAGAUUAUAUUGCUAAGUGCCAGCGCUCCUGUGAUGGAAAUGUACGUGUAUGGAAAAAUUUUGCUCAAAAGGGAGGACAGAAACUUGUAACGGCUUUCUCAUCAGUUCAGGGACAUCGAGCUGCUGGUCACAGUAUUGUGAUUGACUGGCAGCAGCAAUCUGGUUAUCUUGAACAACUUCUCAGCACUAUUCAGUCAUCUGGUGAUAGUGCCAUUUCUUCACUGUCUGCAUCUCAGGUCUGCUCUGGGCAUUUUGCUGCUGGUUUUGCUGAUGGUUCUGUCAGAAUAUAUGACGUUCGCUCUCCUGAUUGGGUUGUCUAUAUGGCCAGGCCACAUGCACCAAGAACAGAAAAGGUUGUAGGCGUAGGGUUUCAACCUGGAUUUGAUCCAUACAAGAUUGUAAGUGCAUCUCAAGCUGGAGACAUUCAGUUUCUCGAUGUUAGAAGGGCAGCAGAACCCUACCUGACUAUUGAGGCACACAGGGGUUCACUUACAGCAUUAGCGGUUCAUCGGCAUGCCCCAGUUGUUGCUAGUGGCUCAGCCAAGCAGAUGAUUAAAGUGUUUAGUCUUGAAGGAGAGCAGUUGACAAUAAUUCGCUACCAGCCAUCUUUUAUGGGCCAAAGAAUAGGCAGUGUAAACUGCCUUUCUUUUCACCCAUACAAAUCACUCCUAGCUGCUGGCACUGGUGAUAACGGCCUUGUCUCUAUCUAUGCUGAGGAAAAUUACAAGUAA